UACCUUAAUUGCUCUUCCUUCUCUCUUGUCACUGUCAUCACAUUUCUCUUUUGCUCUCUCUGUCGCCGCGAUCCUCAGUCAACUAGUAAUAAGGAUGGAUAAUAGCAGUUGUGAGUCAGAGGAGAGUGACUACUCUGAGAAGCCUUACAAGCAACUGAGGGACGGGGAGCUGAAAGUUAAGCAAAAGGAGGAGACUUUCAAGUGCCCUUUUUGCCCUGAGAAGAAGAAGCAACGCUACAAGGAGCUGCUUGUCGCCAAAUCCACCACUAGAAAUUGUAAACAAAAAGCUAAUCACUUGGCCUUGUCAAAGUACCUCCACAACGAGCUCGCUGGGGAUGCUGAGCCAGUUAUUAGCUUGUCCAAGCAGAAGCAAGCUGCUGUUGUGAAUGACGACAUGUAUGUGUGGCCUUGGAUGGGGAUUGUCAUCAGCCCACUGAGAGGAAACGAUGAUGACAAGAGUUUUUUGCUUCUUGAUUCGGCGUAUUGGUUGAGGAAGCUUGCGAGGUUCAACCCUCUUGAGGUGAAGACCCUUUGGGUUGAGGAGGAUUCGGCAGUUGCUGUGAUUCCUAGGUUCAACGGUGGUAUGGAUGGGUUCAAGAGCGCCACAGAGCUUGAGAAGGAGUUUGAUGUCAAGCGGUGCGGCAGGGAGGACUGGAGGAGGUUCAAGUUCAAGACUUAUGGCUGGUGCGCACGUGCAGAUGAUUACAACUCUCAAGGCUCGAUAGCUGAGUACCUGUCAACGGUAGGGAGACUGAGAAGCUUCUCUGAUAUAUCCAAGGAGGAAAUGCAGAAAUCGGAUAAUGUUGCGUACGAUCUAGAUGAUAAAAUUUAUAUGAUGAAUGAGGAUUAUAACGAGGUCCAGUUCAAGUACAAAGAGGAGACCAUCUCUCUGCAGAGGCUUCUCAUGGAAAAACACACGCUGGACCAAACUUAUAAACAAGAAACAAAAAGGAUGCAGGAGUUUUCGCAGCGCAACAUCGACAGGAUCUUACGAGAAAAAGAGAUGCUGAACAAGAAACUGGAGUAUAGGAUGAAGGGUCUGGAUGCUUGGUCCAAAGAAUUGGACAAGAAGCAAGCAUUAACUGAACUGGAGAGACUAACUCUUGAAGAAGAAGAACGAUGCUGUGAGCUCCUCUCUCCAAGGAAAAAAGAGGAGGCACUGAACAAGAUCCUUCAGCUUGAGAAGGAGUUAAACAGCAAGCAGCAACUUCAAAUGGAGAUUCAAGAGCUGAAAGGAAAGCUGCAAGUCAUGAAGCAUCAUAGGGAAGAUGAAGAUGAUGAGGACGUUAAGAAGAAAAUGAAAGAGAUGAAUGAAGAUCUAGAGGAUACUAACUCGGCCCUCAUGAUAAAAGAAAGGCAAAGCAAUGAUGAGAUACAAGAAGCACGCCAAGAAUUGAUUACGGGAUUGAUAGGAAUGUUGAGUGGUGAUCGAACCAACAUCAGAAUAAAGCGGUUGGGAGAACUUGAUGAAAAGCCAUUCCUGAAAGCAUGCAAGGAAAGAUUCAAAGGCGAAGAAGCUGAGGUGCAAAGCCUCAAGGAUUCAGGAUGGUAUCCAUUCAAACACGUGGGGACUGAAGACAAAAUGAAGGAAGUGGUGGAUGAAGAAGAUGAGCAACUUAAGAAGCUGAGGGAAGAGUGGGGUGCACAAGUGUUGGAGGCAGUGAAGACAGCACUGGAGGAGCUGAAUGAGUAUAACCCAAGUGGGCGGUACUCAGUCCCAGCACUGUGGAAUUUUAAAGAAAAAAGAAAAGCAACACUUAAAGAAGUGAUCGAAUACAUGACGCUGCAGAUCAAGAAUCUCAAGAGUCUCAAACGCAAAAGAAAGGAUUAGGAAGCAGAGACGCUGGAGGAAGAUUGAAGACGUGGUGUUUUUAUUAGGAAAAUUGAUAAUUUAAGAACCUAUGUAUGUUUCCAACGAUCAACAAUGUUCUUACAGUUUCAGUGACUUUUG